AACGAGAAAGCGGAAAGUGGUAGAAGAUUUGAGGAUGCGGAGGAAUACGCAAUGGUGUUGUUUUGUGUGAAUCGUAUUUCGCAUCAUUUUCGAGACUGUGAACUUCUCCAUUUUGGUGUUGGUUUCAGAUUUCAUAGUUUUCAUCUUUCUUUCCCACGCUCUCUAAAACCCUGUCUCCCUGGUAAUGCUAUCUCCGUUACCAAUAGAAGCAACGAAAACAAAUGCUAUUCUUCUAAGUAUUCUGGAGGAGCAGGAGAAAUUCCCCUUCUUUUCGAUUCUUCUUUCAGCCAACAAGAAGAUGAUCGUGAAAUUAUAUCCGACGGGAUAUCUGCAGUUGCAGGUGGAAUUGUGGCGCUGGGAAAGUUUGAUGCUCUGCACAUAGGGCAUCGAGAACUUGCAAUUCAAGCAUCAAGGGCUGGACCUCCAUUUCUUUUAUCAUUUGUUGGCAUGGCAAAAGUAUUUGGUUGGGAACAUAGAGCUCCCAUAGUCGCUAAAUGUGAUCGAAAGCGCGUUCUUUCAUCUUGGUUUCCUUAUUGUGGUAACAUGGUCCCAGAAGAGUUUGAGAUUGAGUUUUCAAGCGUGCGGCAUCUCAGUCCGCGACAAUUUGUUGAGAAGUUAGCAAAAGAGCUUAGAGUGCGUGGAGUUGUUGCAGGUGAGAACUACCGGUUUGGAUAUAAAGCAGCUGGUGAUGCAUCAGAAUUACAAAAGCUAUGCGAGGAGUAUGAAAUGGAAGCUUACAUAAUAAAAUCUGUUAUGGACAAGAACCAAUACUCAACAAAUAUAAAUUCCAGUAUUGGCUCCAAAGAGAGGGGUCAGGUCUCGUCAACCCGUGUCCGCGAAGCGCUUGCUGUAGGAGACAUGAGAUAUGUCUCAGAGCUUUUGGGUAGACAACAUCGUCUUGUAUUAAUGGCCACAGAUCGAGAAACGUUCAGCUUUAGCCAGUAUAAGGUGUCUGCUCCUAAAUCAUGCUUAUUGAAUCUAGCACCAAAGGAAGGUCUAUAUGAGAAGUGUUCACUUUUACUUGGUCAAGAAAAUGUUAUGCUAUGUAGGGUAAUUAUUGACAGCAAGUUUGUCCAUAUAGAAACAGAUUACGGCGGUUCGAGUGAUAUUUUUGGUACUCACGAUUUGCAGUACUUGCUUAUUGAAUUUGGUGAUUCCAGUACUUGAUUCAGUUUAGAUAAUGUUUCUAUUUAAAUUCUUAGUCUACUUAAUCGCAGAUGAUUCUUAUAUGUCCCGGAUGAAAAUUCUAAGUCUUAAGCUGAUAUAAGUGAGUAUAGCUUAUACCCUUUUUCCCUUAA